AAGAACAGUUUUAUAUUUUUUGAGAUUUCUUUCAUAUUAUCAACUAUCAACAACACAAGAAGCAGAAAGACCACCUACAAGACUUCACCUCGGUCUUUGCGAGCGUCCACAUUAAAUCAGCUUUUCUUGGUAGCCAGGAAACGUAAAAAAGAGUAAAGAGGCCAGCAAUCCUCUCGUCAAGAUGAGUAGAGGCGACACAACUACCGUUUCCUCUCAGGAGCCGCAGCUGUUUAAACGGGCUGUACGUAAAAUCAAAUGUGCUGCCAUGGUGGCAAACCUGGCGAAGAGUUGGCAAGGAUGGGCCAACGAACACGCAGGAAAACAAGACUCUAUCCCAAGUGGGUGGAUGCCUUCAUCUGUUGAAGAAGAAGACAGAAAAGACCAUGUGGUUAAACUAAGCGUCACUCCAAAGGUUAUUAAAGCCGAUCCCAACGAAGGCGGAGAAAAUCAGAUCCGGACCGGCUCUGUGACCAAGACUGUUCAGCUGAAACGAAGCGAGUGUAGCAGCAGCAAGGUCGUCAACGAAAUCCGCGACAAGAUGGAGUCCGGUCUGGAGGACAGCAAGCCGUUUUUGGGAAAUGAGUCGCCGACACGCCGUCGUCAGAUGAGGGCGCUGCAGAGUGCAGAAGCGGGAGGAGUAGGCAUCAUCCAGAACAAGAAGAUGUUGCUUCAGGAGAGGAAGCUGACCUCCAGGGACAGCAGUGUGGACACUGAGGACAGCGGACUUGGAGAAGAAGGGGGGCUAAGCGACAACAGCGACUCAAAAGCUGAACAAGCUCAAAGUAAAAAACAAGCCAACAGACCAAAGAUUAAGAUCGCCUCCAUGAACGACAUUAAGAGCCGCUGGCAGCAGUGGUCUAACCAGCACAUCCAAGGCCAGAAACUCAACCCCUUCAGCGAAGAGUUUGACUAUGAUUUUGCAAUGUCCCAGCGGCUCCGCAAAGGAGAUUCUGGCUACGGUCGACCCAAAGACGGCUCCAAGACAGCAGAGAGAGGGGACAGGGCUCACAAACACAUCCACAGGGAGAUGGAGGAGAUGGUCUGGAUUAUCAAGGACAUGGGCCUCAAAGACAAGGAGGGUCGGACUUUUAUCACCUUUGGGCGGCUCUUCGACCGCUAUGUGAAGAUUUCAGACAAAGUGGUGGGUAUCCUUCUGCGCUGCCGGAAACACAAGAUGCUGGACUUUGAGGGGGAAAUGCUGUGGAAAGGAAAGGAUGACGAUGUAAUUAUCACACUCAGGGACUAAAGACAGGAAGCCAAAGCUUCAGCUUUGCUAUUGGUUACAUCAUGAACCCAAAAGGAAUGAAUGAAGGUAGAAAAAAAACAUGAAAGUGCAACAAAACAGUUCUAACAGUAAA